GUGUUGUUUGCGACAUCAAAUUCUGCAGACAGCUUAGCUUGUAUCGGAGUUGUAAUGAAUGAAAUCAUGAAUGCAAAUGAAAAUCCGCUAGUAAUACUGGGUAGAUAUCGAUACCACUCAAGUUCUCCAGCCAGAAGCAAUAUAUAAGACUACUAUCUACAGAACUUUCCUAAACUUAUCAUCAUCAGCUCCGACAACUUAAUCUCAGAUAUCUCUUCAUCUACCUCAAACAAACCAAUUGAGUCUUUUCAAGAAGUCAACUCAAACCGCAAUCAUGAAGUUCACCGUCGCAACUCUUUUCCUCGCAACCAUCUUUGGCAUGGUCAUUGCUGCUCCCCUCAAGAGAGAAGAAGCCGCUGUUGCAUCUACUGAGGGUGCUUUCGAGGAGCAGAAGACUAUUGUUAUCGUUCGUGUCAAGGGCGAGGAAGUUGAAGAAGCCGCGUCAAAAAAGAGAGAUGAGGCCGCUACUGCCUCUACUGAAGGUGCUUUCGAGGAACAGAAGACCAUUGUCAUUGUUCGUGUAAAGGGCGAGGAAGUUGAGGAGGCUGCAUCUAAAAAGAGAGACGAAGCUGCUGUUGCCUCUACUGAGGGUGCCUUUGAAGAGUCAAAGACUAUUGUUAUUGUCCGUGUUAAGGGUGAGGAAAUUGAAGAGUCUGCAUCCUAGAUAGUGUAGUUAAUAUUUGGAUCUGGGGGAUAUUCGAGAUGACUUAUGAUUUAUGAUCACAAGUAUGAGGAUGAGAUGGGGGUUAGUACCGGAUCUAGAAUAGUUGAAUGUCUAGAGCCUGAGUAGUAGAUGAAGGGCUUUCCGAUUGCGGUCUUGCCGAAUGCUAUAGCGUAACUUCA